CAAAACGAAAAAACCUACCGCAAGGCAAAACAUUAAAAUUGCAUUUGCGUUGCGCUCCUUUUUAUCUCUUCUUAAGAAAAAUCAGUUUCACUUUAACAAAUCUUUUUUUUUGUGAUAUAAAAAUCAAACGUUUCCUCAAAAUGUCUACAGCAAUCGAUGAAGAACUAUCUAUACAGCUCAAAAACUGGAAUCCCAUGCGGGAUGAUUACAAAGAUUCCAACUUCAACACUUACUCAAGUGGGCCCGGCGCUGAAUUGGAAGCCAGUCUGCAGCCGGCCGAAAUGGCUAAACAAUUGGGCUCAAAUCAGAAAAUCAAAAAUCCCUAUUUGGUGUUCAAAGGCGUCCCAACCACCCUAACACAAGAAGGCUUGAUGAACAUUUGUUCGCAAUAUGCCAAUUGCCUGCGUUCACGGAAGCAUGGCCAGAACAUGUAUUUCAUUGACUUUCAGUCAAUAAAUGAUAUGGAACGAGCCUUUACAGGUCUACAAGGCAACUCUUAUGGAUUUAGGGUGGAAUUGGGUAGGAACAGAGAACAACCACCGAUUAGCAAAGGUGCCCAACAAAGCGCCAAUGCUUUACCGAGUUCAGAUCAACCUUCGUUGCCUUCACAGCAAAUAGACUAUGACCGGUCAUAUCAAGUUUCUUCUCGCAAUGCUCCGCGUCCUAAGUUCUCUAAGAACCCUCUUGUUAGUAAAGACGACUAUGAUAAUUCGCAGAAUAAUCUUCAGCGUAAUGAUCCACAGAGACAUUUCAUGAUUGAGGACGAUGCUCAUGAAAUGGAGCGUCUGCCCUAUGGAAAGAAAACUGAACCAGAAGAUGGCAAAUACAAUUAUCACACUGGCCGAGCCUAUUAUACAAUGCCACAAAAAGGUAAACAAUUUAUUGAAGAAAAACAGAAAUGUACAGUUGGAAGUUUCGAUGGAAGUAAGCGUCUUCAAAGGAUUAAUUUGGAAAAACAAGCCUUAUUAAAUGCUGGUCAAAUAUUACAAGAUUUAAAUAAAUCACUCGUUAAAGGAAAAAAUCCCAAUCAAGUGGAAUCUAUUAAAGGAAGCGUAAGAAAAACACUAGCGGGAAUCUUUUCCAAGCCAUCACAAACCUACGAAAAAGCUAAGAUUGGCCCUUGUGAGCAUUGCAGUAAAAGUUGCGACACCGUUUGUGACCGAUGUAUGUCAAGUUUCUGUAGUGUCGAAUGUCAAAAAGCCGAAUGGAAUAGGCAUCGUUACAUUUGUGGCAAACCUGCUUCGAUGUGGCCGGCAUGGGCUAAGCAACUGGCUAAACAAAGAAAUCCUUCAGAUAAUAAAAUUACCGAGCAAAUAGAAUCUCCUUCGAGUUCAACAUCACAAAAAGAUUCAACUAGGAAACCAGCAUUAAAAGCCCAGCUUCCGCCAUCGGGAAACAAUGUGAUCCUAACAGCAAUUUCGAAGACAAAUGUUGUCUUCGUUCGAUCAACUUUAUACGAUGAUAAUUUGUUAUUCUUCAAUACUGUUUCGAGAAUUCAAAAGGAAGCUAAAAACCAAUCACAUAUUCAACAUACUCCCGAACGUGGUGAUAUUGUGCUGACUAAAUUCAAAGACCAGCAAUAUAACCGCGCUAUGAUCUUGAACCCUGACAAUUUGGAUGAAAUUAAAUUGAUUUACGUUGACUAUGGCAACAUCGAUUCAAAGUCAUUGGAUGACCUUUACAAUGCUCCAGUAGAGUUUUGGAAUUUGCCACGUAUGGCUGUUCCGAUAAUCUUAAAAAACGUCCCAGAGUUCUUUAUGACUGACGAAGUAAGGAAAUACAUGUACAGUUAUCUGAAUACAGACUUGAAAAUCGUAUACGACACUGAAGAUCUGGAUAAUGGCAUAAAUCUGUCGGAACUAUUUGACUCUACCAGUAAUGUCAGUUUCAAUGAAACCAUAGCAUCAUUUAAAGCUGGUGCUGCAGAGCAAAAGAAAGCACCUGUAGUUUAUCGUGAAUUUUUGCAAUAUUCACCAUUACCAACUGGAGAAAACGUUGAACUUCUUGUGAUAGAUAGUUCUUUGUUACAGACAGGUUUUGUAUCGUGUACAACCGAAGCAUACACGAAUGAGAUUGAGAAGUUUCAGAAAGACAUUCAGGCGUAUGUUCAGGCUAACGAAACAAAAUCCACUUACACUCCAAGAGUAAAUGAAUUGUGUCUAGCAAAAUACUCUGAGGAUAAUCUAUGGUAUCGUGGCAGAUGCAUUGAAGUUGUCGGCGAUGGUCAUCCGACUAUUUUAUUCUUUGAUUAUGGUAAUCUAUCUAUAGUCAGCGUGGAGAAUAUUCGAAAAUAUCCUGAAGAAUUUACAUUCCCAAUAAUGACAGCAGAUUGUGAAAUAAGUGGUCUACCAUCUGAAAUAGGAGAUGACUUAAAAAAUGAUUUAGAAGAACUUUUAGAACCAGGAACUAAAAUAAUUUGUGAAAAAGUUGAAUAUUUCGAAGAAGAUAAUUUCUAUUCAAUUGAUUUAGGCGAUUUGUUGAAAAAAAUGCUACCUUAAACAAAUAAUUCAACAUAAGUAUCGUUUUAAUUAUAAUUUUAUAUCCAAUAAUAAUAAUCAAUUUCAUUGAGCUCAAUAAUACUGGAUACAUUUUUUUAUUUAUUUUUUCAUUUACAUAUAAUUUUUUAAAUCAUUGUUCUUUUAUUAUAAAUUGACAAUAUUUUAAAAAUAUAUACAUACAUACUUGUAUUAGUAAAAUAGCCCACAACGUUCUGGGUCACUUCAAUAUCAUUUGAACAACUAGAAGUAGAAGGAACAUCGCGCUUGCAUAGCGACGUAAUUUGUUCUAUUGAGCAAUAGAGAAAAUUCAAAUACUAUUAAGGUCUUUUUUGUGUCGUCUUUGUAUUUAAAUCCUAUUGUAAUAUAAUCUUAGGUUUUUUUCGGUGGCACAUAGUGGCUAAGGCGACAUUAGAUAUUGCAUUUUUUACUAAACUUUUGUAUAAAAAACAUCCAGCACCACCUUGAAACUACGACGAAUGUACACAAGAAAAAAAACAGAUCCAUGAUAAUACUAUAGAUUUUAUAUACAAACUUAUCGACCCGAUAUUUUAAUAUUUUGUUUUAAAAAGUUCUUUUAUCUAUUAUUAAAUAAAACAGUCGCUGCUAUAGCAAGCUCAAGAAAUACUUCAAGCUAGCUUCUACAUUAUUAAUUUUUCAAAUUUUUAAACUACUAUCUGGUUUAUUAUUUAGAUUUCCGAGUCAAAUUGUCAGAGCAGGGGUGGAAUCGGCUAAGGCGAUUGCUGAUAAAUGACAAUUAAAAUAAACGAAUUUGAUCUUUCUAAGGUGAUAGUCAAAUUGAUACCUAAAAAGCUAUCACAACAAAAUGUGAUAGUCGCUUUCAAACACAUAUGUUUAUUUCGAAUAGAGCUACCAGGCGCUUAGUUAGCUAUUUUUCGUUCAAAAAACACAUUCUAGUGACCGACAAAGCUUACGAGAUUGGAAAAAAAUCAAGAAAAGUAAGAAUUUUAUUCAAAAUUAGCAAUUUUGAUAUUGUUAUUUGGAUAUUUUCUAAGAAUCAAUUUAAAAUUUCACCAAGGCAACAACGAAUUUUUACAAUUUGAAUCUGAAAUUGUUCGAAUUGAAUUGAGUUGAAUCAUCAUAAAUAUGACAGUCAAUUACCACCUUAGCCGAUUCCACCCCAGGUUAAUUAAAUAUUAACACGAUUUACAGAAUCCCUCACCUAAAUUAAUAUUUAAAAAUUACCUUAUUUCAAAGCUGUAGUAGAAUUAAGUGUUGGAACGCAGUCCUUUUACCAACAUUUUUCGACUAAAAAAAUGUGUCCGUCUAUCGGAGUUUUUAUAUCAAAUGGUUUUGUUCAUCAUCUUAGAAUGAUGACUAAUUCUUUAAACCGUGCUAUAGUCCCAAUCUGAAAAUAACGUCAAAAAUGUUUGUUUCUCUUUUUGAAAUUUCGAAAUCGAAGUUCAGAUACGAAAUCAGUAAUUAAAAUAAACUCUAAAACUUAAAAGAGAUUAUGAUUUAUGGUUUUUCAAAAACACAACAUUAUGCAUUUUUAAAGGGCUAUACCUACAGUCAAUCUUUUUUAUAACGAAUCUUCAAGGCAACAAAGAAAUUGCUUCGUUAUAAAGAAGUUUUGUAAAAAUUUCGUUAUAUAGACAUUUUUUUUAACACUACAAGUGCUCUUUUAUAUUUAAAAAAAAAGUACACAAAAAACUGAUUUUAAAGAAAUGUACACCAAAUUUGUUUGCAACAUCUUUUCUUUUCUCCCCUUUCAACUUUUUCAAUCAUCAAUAACUUCUUUGAUAGCGAAAUAGCUUUGCGCUUCUAGAUUUUGACAACAAUUCUGGAACAAGGCCAAUUCAAACAAUUGACUGAUCAAUUGACAUUUCUACUACACAUCCAUGCAUACACACACUCACUUAAAAAAAAAAAUUCUUCCCAAAACGGGGAGAUCCCGUUUAAAAUAAGAAAUACAAAUCGUAGUAAACUUCGUUUUCAAAUUUGAAAAUUGACAUUUAUUUAUAAAGAACCAACUUUGCUUUCGGCCACAAAAAAAGUUCCUUAUAAAGAGAAUUUGGCUUUAAAGAAUCUCGUUAUAAAGAACCUAUUUCGUAUGGAAUAUUCUUGAGGGGAAGGGGGAACAAAAUGAGAUUCGCUAUAGAGAGAAUUACGUUAUAAGGAAGUUCGUUGUAGAGAAGUUUGCCUGUAUUUGAAAAAUGUAUUCAUGUUCAAAUUUUAAGAUUGGAUUGGUUUUUGUUUUAGAUAACAACCUAAUUUUUUGUGAACCAAUUUUAUUGAGAAAUCGUAUCCAAAACAUUCAACUUUCAGAGAUUUGACAACAAAACUGAGAAAUUUACGUUAGGUAUUUUUUGCCAAAAACAUAUUAUCAACAUAUUGUUGUUGUACGAUUUAGGCAAUAUUGCCGAGCCUUUGGGCGUUAAAACUGUUUUGGGUUAAAUGAAAUUCUAAAUGAAAAAGAAAAGUUUGGCCUAAUUGCCAAAUAAAAUAACUCUAAGAUAUUAAAAAUGUCAUAUCGCCCAAAAACUUUUUCAAAAAAAAUCCCGCAAAGCCCUAAAUCAAUAUAAUAUUGCCCAAAUCAAUUUUAAAAUACAUAUCGCCCAAAAGAUGUCAUAUAUUUAUACAUUUAGGCAUUCGUACAAAAUGUUUGUUUAUUUUGAGCACAAAGCAUUUUGAGUUUAAAUUUAAAAUUUCACAAACGCAAACAACGAACAAAAAUGUCAUAUCGCCCAAAAACUCGAAACUUUAAAAGAACGUAAUAAAAAUAUGUUUGGCUUUAUUUUACUUUUAGAAAGCGAAAUAACAAGGAGUAAUUUUAAUAGAACGAAAUGGUUUGCUUGCUCAAAGUGGUAGUACCCAGCAUUUUAUCUUAUUAAUAGAGAAAUAUGUAUGGCGCUAUGCUGGCCCCUGUUUGUGCUCACUAUAGGAUUUUGGGUAGUUGCGAGAUUGUGUGAAUGCACAUUUUCUUUUAAUACAGAUUCUUUAAAUACAAAUAUUUCGAAUGUUCUAAAAAAUUCAAAUGGCUUGGCCAAACCAUUUUCUGUUGGAGAUUUUACUUCCGUCGUUACUUCACCUUUAUCUUAUACACGGUUUUCAUAAACGAAUUAUAUGUUUCAAUGCACUUUUCCCUUCUACAAACAUCAAUCUACUUGUAUAUGCUGAAUUCUUUAAUCCACAACUUCCCGUCAUGAACGGAAUUUUAGGACCCAUAGUUAAAAUGAGUAUUUGAAAUAUUUUAAACUAAAUGUCAUAUGUGGCCAAAAAUAAUUCGGCAGAUUCAGCCGACAUAAGGGAUUUGAAAGUUAGGCAAGUUUCUAUUCUCUGAUUGGCCAGCUACCAACAAAUAACAUUCCAAUUAAAACAACUUUAAUGGAAAGUUGACAGGAAAGUUAGUCAAGAAAAAUCUCAAGUCAAGUCUA